GGAGAGCGACAAGGCCGAGCCGCUUGGCUCUUGUCCAGCUGUGACAGUUGAGCCGGGACGGGGCUGGGCUCCACGGCCGUGCUGUGUGUGGGGCAGAAGGUGGUUGGGAGCUCCGGGGGCAGGAUGAGGCUCCUGCUCGCUGCUCGACGGCUGCUUGCCUCCGCGGCGGCCACCUCGUGCCAUGGUCCCUGCCUGCCACCCGCAGCUCCGUGCAGGGGGACCCCUCGCCGCUGGGGCUCGACCUUCAACGUGCCCCCCAGCGCCGAGUUCGUGGCCCGGCCUGUGGGGGUCUGCUCCAUGCUGAGGCUUCCCGUCCAGGCCUCGGCAGAGGGGCUGGAUGCUGCUUUCGUCGGCGUCCCCCUGGACACGGGCACGUCCAACCGGCCGGGAGCCAGGUUCGGUCCGCGCCACAUCCGUGCCGAAUCGGCGAUGGUGAGGAGGUACAACGCCAGCACCGGGGCGGCACCUUUCGACUCCCUCCUGGUGGCUGACAUCGGAGACGUGAACGUGAACCUCUACAACCUGCCCGCCAGCUGCCGCCUCAUCCGCGAGUCCUACCAGAAGAUAGUGGCCUCGGGCUGCGUGCCCCUCACCUUGGGUGGAGAUCACACCAUCACGUACCCGAUCCUGCAGGCCGUGGCAGAAAAACACGGCCCCGUGGGGCUGGUGCACGUGGAUGCUCACACCGACACCGGCGACAGGGCCCUGGGGGAGAAGAUCUACCACGGGACCCCGUUCCGGCGCUGCGUGGACGAAGGGCUGCUGGACUGCAGCCGCGUGGCUCAGAUCGGCAUCCGGGGCUCCUCCUAUGCCCCCGACCCUUACAAAUACUGCCGGGACCAGGGUUUCCGCGUGGUGCUGGCCCAGGACUGCUGGCUCAAGUCCCUGGUGCCGCUGAUGGCAGAGGUGAGGCAGCAGAUGGGGGACAAGCCGGUCUACAUCAGCUUCGAUAUCGACGGGCUGGACCCUGCCUACGCCCCGGGAACCGGGACGCCGGAGAUAGCCGGGCUCACGCCCGCACAGGCUUUGGAGAUCAUUCGUGGCUGCAAGGGGCUGAAUAUAGUGGGAUGCGACCUUGUUGAAGUUGCACCGAUGUACGAUGUCUCCGGUAACACGGCCCUCUUAGGGGCCAAUCUGCUGUUUGAAAUGCUGUGCGUCCUCCCCAGAGUGAAAACCAUGUGAGGGCAGCUCCUGCCCGGCCCAGGACCCCUCUUGCAGGUUGUAAAGGUAAAGCAGCACCGCCAGAGACACGGUGACCGACCUCAGCCCUUCGGUGUCCUGCUCUCUCCUCCACUUGCAGCAAACACCUGCUUGUCAGUACGGAAUAAAUGCCGUUUCCUGCCAGAAGAGGUAAUUUCCAGCUCCUAAACUGGGGAUGGGUUUUGAACAGCGCGUUUACUGGUGGCUGUAGGACCCGAGUUAGCUCGGGAAGGGAAACGACGAGGCUCGCGGCGCUCCGCUGCUGCAGUGGGAACGCCUCACCUGGCAGCUCUGCUCGUACAGGACCAUUACAAACCUGUCACUGGGAGAAGGUUUUUCCCAGUAAGAGACAGAGAAGCAGGACAGCUAACGUAGAGCUUCAGAGGGUGGCUGAGCGAGCGGCACCCGUGGCUCCUUCUGACAGCUGGGGGCUUUUCUGAGCCGGCGAGGACGCGAGGUCGGAUUGCCCGCGGAAACACAGAGCCACCUCAUCACACGUUAAAAUAGUUUAUUUUGGUUGCGAAUCUGUCAUCGCCUUAAAACAAAAUGACAUCAGUGCCUGGUCACAAAUACAAAGAAAAAAAAAAAAAA